UGCGGACUUACAUAUUGUCGGCUGCCCUUGUGAUUAACCAGGACCGCCGACCUCAGCCACGUGGAACGAUUGUGAUCGAAAGAAAUGCCCGUGCUCCUAUCACGACUUUUCCGACCGAUAUUUUCCGGGUUCAAGAGCGUCAAGGGAGGUCAGCAUGCAUGGCCAAGGUUCAGAACACAUUGACGAGCAUUUCAACUUUGUCUCGAGUCUGUCGCGAACGCUCUGAAUAAUUCUUCACUGCUUCAGUAUCCGGGACGUCACAAGGCACUCAUCCCCCACUUGGAGCUCUGACCACAUAGGGUGGCUAUGACGUCAUACCUGAGGUGGUUGCGCCCAACGCACAUAAGACAGCCUCGCGCCAGGCUAGCUAGCUUCAUUGCAAACGAUGUACAAGCGACUUGUCUGUCUUGCACGUCCAUUUGCGUUGCGCAAUUCUCCAAUCUCGCUCGAACGUCCAGGGCGCGUCCCCGGGACAAUCGGUCUUGUAGCGACUGGUGGACCCGGUAGUCAAUCCGGAACUCGCUUACUGAUUGGGCAGCGCGAGAUUGCGGGCGGCGUGUUCACUGUCGACACUGUGAAACCUAAAGUUGACUCUUUCUUUGGAAUUACGGGUGCUGUUGCGGUCAAGGUGCCCACUCCGGUGUUUGUUAUGGGUCUUGCUGGUGGUUUGCCGUACAUCGCAUCUGCAGGGACGACCGUGUACCUUGCCCACCAGGCGGGACUGGCUACGUUGGGACUAGCUACGAAUCUCGAUCCAGGUGUCGCGCUCACCGUUCUUGAUCAAGCUCUUAACUUCCAAGUCCAUUACGGCGCCGUGCUGCUAUCUUUCCUAGGCGCACUGCACUGGGGUAUGGAGAUAGCUGAACGCCUUUGCCUCGGAGUGGCCCCGGCCAUCGUUGCAUGGUCUACAAUCACGCUACAGCCUACGACAGCCCUGCUUUGCCAGUGGCUUGGAUUCGUGGGUUUGUGGUACUCCGAUAACAGGGCCACCGCUUGGGGAUGGACGCCGGUAUGGUACUCGCAGUACCGUUUCUACCUUUCCCUUCUCGUGGGGACGUGCAUCAUCGGCUCACUAGCAGGCACAUCGUAUUAUGGUCCUGUAGCUGGGCACGGACUUCUCUCACACGAUCUGUACAUGAUCCGAGCUGAAAGAAAUUACUUCACACCCGAGCGUUCUGGUGUAGUGAAGGGUGACAUCGAAGCUAUCCCUGCCGGCGAAGACGCUGAUAACUAUGUUAUCAUACGUCGAAAGCACAAGUCUGAAGAGGGAUCGGAGUCCAAGGAAGAACAGUAAGAGAUACGCAUAGCAUACCUAUUGAACUUGUACCAGUAUGUCUUGAGCAAUCAUUUCAGACCAACUGCCAUUGUCUUCAAGUUCUA